ACAAAAAUAUAUUUUGUAACAUUUCACUUCAAAAGCAAUAGAAACAAAUUAUAUUUUGUUUAUUUUUGACAAUAAAAAAUAACUAAUAUAAAAUACAGUGUUAUGUAAAUCAGCAUAAAUGCAGAACUACUUGUUGGGGGGUUGAAAAUGGUAAAAGGGGGACCCUAAAAAUAUAAAAAACCAGUGAAAUUUCUUUCUUUUGAAUUUCAGGCUGAAAUAUGACCCCAGCGUGUUCCAAACGGACUGAGAUUCACCCACCUAGCCUAUAUUUUUAUAUUUUCCAUUUAUUUUUUAGUGCCAGUCUCUUGCUAAUAGUGCUUGACUAGUUUGAGAACGACACUUAGUUUCCAUGGAAACCGAGCUGUCAAAAAAAAAAAAAAAACUAGGACUACAAAAAACGAGGACUACAAAUGGGCCCAGCGGCAGCUGAACUAGCAUAACUGUCACAGAUGAGACGUCGGUCUGUUUGAAACAAAAUAUCCCUUUAUUGCUUAACACGCUUUUUGUCCAAAUAAAACCGCUCAGAGAAACAAUAUCAGUUUUCCUGUCGAGGAAGACAACGGACCUUCUAAAGCUAACAAUAGGCUCUUUAGAACUACAUUUCCCGACAGCCUCUACGCCGGCACGUCUUUGACGUCACAAUAAGUAUAUAUGGGUCCCGUACGGCAUUCCUUACUCUAUUGUUACAUUGUAACAAACCGGGGCAGAAGAGAGGCCCAUAGGGUCCUCGGGCCGACAGAUACUACACAUAAUUUUUUGUUUUUUCUUUCCUUCGGGGUGGAAGUAUAACGUUGCGAUUUGUCUAAACAUAGCGCAGAACACAACCACCUAUCCGGAGGGAAAAAAACCCCGAAGGCUCGGCUCUAUUUGGUCUUUUUGAAUGCAGGCAUUUUAAAGGAUCACCUAGAGAUUUUAUCUGCAUGUAUUGGAUGCAUCUACGACGGAAUUAGUCAUUUUUUUAGUGAAUGAGGUUCUUGUCUGCCUUCGUCUGCCCCGUUUUUUAAUCUUUACAGAGCUUGAUUGCAACGUUAAAUGCUCGCAUAGGCUUCUUGACACACAAACCCCCAUUUAUAGUCCAUGUCAAGACUAAUAUCCAUUGUUUACGAUGCUUAAAUGUUCGGACAUCACUAAAUUUUUCGUGAAUAAACUGCAAUUUCCUCUUUGGUCUGGCCAUUUCGAUGGGCUGAAGUCGCUUUUGUCUGUCAUUUUGUAACCGUCUAAAGCUGAAAUAGGCUCCAAUCCCCAAAGAAAAGAAAACCAUCCAAAUAAAGGAAGCACGGAACGAGCGACAGCUUCGCCGGUUUAAAGGCUCUCUAUUUCUGCCCAAGACGCAGUGUUUCCAUGGAGACAGUGUCAUCUCGCGGCCUGAAGCGCAGAUUUGAGGAGGUGGACAGCGGCUCGCCGUGUUCCACACCCAAAGAUUCAGAUGAUGACAUCUCCAGCAGUGACAGCGCUGAUAGCUGCGACAGUCUCAAUGCUCCCUCCAGCUCUCUAACACCCCCCUCCAUUCUCAGAAGACACAAAGUGUCUUUAGGUCGUAAGCAGGUACGCUUUGACGCGGUGACGGUUUACUACUUCUCCAGAAGGCAGGGCUUCACCAGUGUGCCCAGUCAGGGUGGCAGCUCCCUGGGCAUGGCUCGCCAUCACUGCGCUAUACGACAUUACACCCUUGGCGAGUUUGCACGAGAACAAGAGAGCAGCCACAAGCAUGUGCUGCGUCAACACCUACGCCAAGAAAAGCUCAAUGCUCGCAAGUUAAAGCUGACACGGAAUGGAACUGUAGAUUGUCCCGAAGCAGAAUUGCUUACCUUGGAUGACAUAUCCGAUGAGGAUCUAGACAUUGAGAGUGUGGAGGUGGACGAUUGCUUCUUCCUGCAGCCUCUUCCUACCAAGCGGCGCCGGGCACUACUGAGGGCCUCAGGUAUUGCCCGUAUAGAUGCCAGAGAAAAGGCUGAGCUGCGUGCCAUACGUUUGUCCCGGGAGGAAUGUGGUUGUGACUGCCGCUUCUACUGCGACCCUCGACACUGCGGCUGCAGCCAGGCUGGAAUUAAGUGCCAGGUGGAUCGGAUGUCAUUCCCAUGUGGCUGCACCCGUGAUGGUUGUGGUAACACUGCCGGCCGCAUUGAGUUCAACCCUCUUCGUGUGCGUACCCAUUAUCUCCACACUAUCAUGAAACUUGACCUGGAAAAGAGAAGCCUGUUGGGUGUUAGGUCUGGUGAGGACUGUGGGGAAGAGACAGAGCUAGUCUCCUCGCCAUCUCUGUCUCUUUCUCCCUUGGACUCGGAUGUGGAAUUGGAAAGCCAAAGAGUUCAGGAGCUGCAAGAGGAGCAAUGCGACAGUCUGGAGCGUGAGAACGAAACGGCCGUGCUUCACCUACAAAGUGCAGAGGAACGGGAAAGGAGACUGGAACAAGAGGAGCAGCAGGUCGAGGAGGAGCAGAACGCUGACCCAACCCUUUGCCUUCUGCAGGGUGCCCUGUCCAGCCAGGCUGGAAUGGAGGGCAUGGAAGGUGUUGAGGGUGUCCUUCUAGAGGGGCCUUUUCCUGAAGGUGCCACCCUGCUGUGUAUUACAGAGAACCAUCCAGAUGAUCAGACCCAGCAGAGGCUUCUCAAAGACCCUUCUUCUGUUCUCUACUAUCAGGUAGGUCACGUAGAGACGGCAGCCUUUGAGACGCUCCCAGCACAAGUAGAGGAGGUGGUGAGUGAAGGUGAUGAUCCAGAGACGGAGAGCGAACGGCAAAAACAAGAAACCUGCGGGCAGGAUUCGGCCAAGAGCUUGUCUGUCGAAGUACCUCCACCUUUCGAGGAUGGUGGCGAAGAACAACUUUGUCCAGAACAGGCCUCAAAUGACGGGGGAUGCCUCGAGACAUGCCUGGCACUGGAUGAAAAGGCAGUACAACUUCCUCCUGAAGUGUAGAGCCCAUCACCUCUGCAGAUGUUUUGCACAAGUUAGUCAUUAAAUUCAAAGAGAACCUACUCCACACAGUGCGAUAUCUUACAAGACUGCAUAAUGUUAUUAAAUGUUAAAGAAACAAAGUUACCUUCAUGGGUUUGUAUCCAUUUUAGCUGGAGAUAAGCAUGUACUGUGUUUGAAGUAGGUUGUCUGUGGUAAAAUAAGUUAUUAAAAAGAAAAAAAUAGAAUAAUUUAUUUACAAAAGAAAAAAGAAACUCAAGAGAAGCAGAGAUCCUGAUCUGACAAGUGUUGUUUUUUCCAAUAUGGUAUCGGUUUAUUACUUGAUACUGGUGGGAAAAUGUGGCCUUUAUGUCGAGGAGCAAGCAUUUUCAGGAUUAUCCAGCGGCUUCUUAUGGCCUUUGUAGUUUGUAUAGUUUCUGAUAGCGCACCCCGAUAACUAAUUGGCACUAACCUGAGGGUAUAUACUAACGCUAAGUUCACGUUUCGUCAGAAUUACCGCAGUUAUGAGAUCUGAGCUCUUCAUAUACUCUGACUCAGUCCUAUAGCAAUGCUCAUAAUGCCAAAAUGUAUCCAUGCACAGCUUUGUUGCUUAUGACAGAAAAAUACUGUCGCUACAUUAACCUUGGAAUGGAGUUGUAUCAAAUUCAGAGGUUCCAACCUCAGAAUUACACAAGUUCCCAAAGACAUGGAUGUUUUUAAUACUCAGAAUUCCGUAAGUAUGGUAAUUCUGCCAGGGCGUGAAUGCAACAUUAGUAAUAUGCACAUGGCUAAUGCUAACGCAGUGCUAAUGCUAAGAGAAGGGGUUGCUAAUUUUUGAAGAGGCUGCUGUUUGUAGCAUCCUUCCUGUGAAUAGACCCAACAAUCCUGGAAAUACUUGGUUUUCAUGUACUGUACAAGUGUUUUGCUAAGAGCUAGCAUGAAGAUGAGUGAAAAAGCUGCUUGUUCUCUGUAUGCACGUUGAAAACUUGAUUCGUUUGAACUUGCUGACAGGAGGAUCAGGAGGAUAAAUGAAUGUGCAAGCCAUUUGCACAGCAGUUCUUUACUGAUUCAUCAUAGUCUUGACCUUACACCGUUUGAAGCUGUAGCCUAUCGUCCCAGUUCGUGGACAUUUAUUUAUUUACCACCGCUUUGUAUUGUGACGGCAAGGACAAUGUGUGUUUGAGUACUGUCACCUACAAUCAUUUAUGAUUUUUUUGUUUGUCUGUUUGUGUUCUUUUUUUUUUUUUAGGAGGGAAUGAGAUUGUACACAUUUAUUGCACAUUAAGCCUUUAAAGAUUACUGAAGAGAUUCUAGCUGUAAUUUUACUUCAGGUAGAAAGUCAAAAAAUUGAGUUCUGUGUGUGGGUGAAUAUCAUUAAAACAUGUCCAGGUCACAUUUCACUCCAAAAUCUAAAUAAUAAUAAUAAUAAUAAUAAUAAUAAAAAAACAAGACAUAACAUUUUACAUAACUAAAAUAAAGCCUUUUUUAGGACCAUAAAGAUUUUUUGUGACUUUUCUACAACAAUUCAGCACAUUUUACUUCCAAAUUUCAUUACCGUAGUGCAUCCACAUGUAUUAUUUUUAUUUUGCAGUUUUUAUUAUUCUCAAAUGGUGAUUCCUGUCCUUUUAUUAUACAGUUUUUUUUUUUUUACUUUACAGUAAUGAGAAGUUUGACAAUUGACAAUGAUACAAUGUCUUAAUGGUCUUUAAAAUAGGCUUUACUUUCUAUUUUAAAAAUGUAAUUGCUUGUUUUGUGCUGAAAUAUGACUCGUGACGUGUUCUUGACAUAUUUCGUGAGAUUGACCUGUAUGUGUUCAACCUUUAAACCCAGUACUUAAAAUCCAAGGUGAUCUUAUACAUCAUUUAAGCCUUUAUGUACUGUAUGACAAGGCAAGGAAGACUUUGGGGAGACUAGGCCUAUAUAUUGUAAUGUUGACGUACACAUGGGACUUUUGUCACACUAGGCCACAGUUUCAGUCCUGGUAUUUAAGCAACAUUACAAACCCUCAUUUUAACUCAUGUGAAGACCAUUCUCCUCGUCCUUUUUACCCUUGCUGUUCUUCCCUUUUGCAUUUUUAUUGUCCAUCCCUGCCACAUACCUCUCAUUUUAGAAUAGAAAUCAUCUUGAUGAAGAUUUUACCUAGAUGCUUUCCGUUAUAGUUGUUUUAGUUCACUCCUGUUUAAUGAUAGUUAAAGACAAAGUAAUAAUUUGAAUAGUUACAUGAAAAAAAUGGUGUCUUCAAAUAGUAUGAGUUCUGUGAUGUUGCUAAAUUAUUUAAAGAAACCCAAGAAAAUGGUCAUUUUGCAGUGUGUAUGUGUUUGUAUGUGUGCCAGAAAGAUUCUCGCUGAUUUGUGCGAUGAACCAGUGUUUGUGAGUGCAUUAUGGGUUCUUCAUAUUUCAAAAGGUGCUCUUACUUUCGUUUUCUCACAUUCAUAUUAACGCUAUAUGUAGAGAGAGAACAAAGAAAUGUUAAAAAUUCACACAUUGUUGGUUGUAAAUGCAAAUGUUGCCGUUAUCUCUCUGUUUCUGAUUUACUCACCCUCACAACGCGUCAUGGGUAAAGGAGAUGCUUCGUUAUAUGAUUACAUUAGCUAAAAUGGAGCAUGUGAAGCUAAUAAUGAAUUUGUUAGCAUGGUUGCUCCUCAUAUGACUUAGCCUUGUAAAGCUCCAAGCAUUAAGCUUGAUUCAAACCUAAAUCUGCAAUAAUUAUGAGUUUUGCAAAUGACCAAUCAAAUAAGAAGGAUUUUUGUUUUGUUUUAUACUGUUGCUGUGUUUAUAAAAUGUUUUUUCUUACUUUGUUUUUGCCUCAUUGUAUGUUAGCAUGUCUUUUAGUCUCAGUUUACUGAAUUAUCUUAAUGUACUGGCUCUCUGUAUGCCACCACACAUUCCUGCACUCGAAUGAGUUUUGUCUGUAGCAGUGUCUGAACUAGAAACGGAUGUAUCUAUAAAAAUGGUGGUCUACUCUAAGGGCCUGCUAUUGACCAAAACAUGGUAGACAGAAGUCACUCUUAUUUUUUGUUCAUGUUUUUGACGUAUGAACAUCCACCAGUCCAGUGGUCUAAAACCUAAUGGCUUUAAAAAGGAGGCUUGAACGUUGCACAUGCUAAUGUACUUGUAACUAAAAUGCUAAGCAUCUUUUUUUUGUCAGAUAUAUUUUUGUUUUCCUCCUUUUUUAAGUACUCAGAUUUGAGACCACUACAGUAACUGAAAACCAACUUACAUUAUGAUAGUGUGUAUGUGUGUGUGUUAGAGGUGCUUUAUUAAUAAGGCUGAAUGGAGUUUGAAUUCUACGCUGUAAGAGUGACUUACGCUAACUGUUGCCUACAGAGGAGACAAAACACAAAGUUUUAUAUGAAAAUGUGAGUGAAAUAAAAUCUAAAACGAAGAAAACAA